AUGCCCAGCGUGGAAGUGGAAGUCCUACUGGUACAGGAACACUUCCAGGAGGAGCAAUUCCUGCAACUACUGGUAUGGGAGUUGGUGGUAGAGGUAGCACUGGAGCAGGUGGUGGAAGUGGAGCAGGUGGUGGAAGUGGAGCAGGUGGUGGAAGUGGAGCAGGAGCAGGUGGCGGAACAGGCGCUGGUGUUGGAGGAAGAUCCAACUCCGGUUUUAAUUCAACCAAACAAUGACUUUGGGGACCCAGUACCAGUAGCUGUAGCUGACUCUGGAAAUGUUUUACUCCCUUCCAUGUCCAAUUUGGUUUUGCUUUUAGUUACUGUUCUUCACUUGAUAGCUUUGCUUUUCUAG